AAAUAAAAAAAGAACUAUGUCAAUUAUGAGUUAUAAUUUUUUAAAUACAAUUGAAUAUUCCUUGAAGAGUAAUAUAAAAAUCUGUUAUCAGCUUUUUUAUACUAUUUUAUAUAAACUUAUUUUUAGUAAAGUCCACGAAUCAUCGCAAUGGAGGGCUUUAUUUAUGUGGUGAAUCCGCCUGAAAUUCCACGUGUUGCCUUCGGAUCUGGUAUGGAGCGUAUUACGUUGCCUAUGACCGGACCUGGCCUAUCGUCAUUUAUGCGAAAAAUACAAGGUGAAGUGCGUGAUUUUCCUGGUCCUUUCGAGUAUGUGGAUACCAAGGAGGCUUUAGACAAGAAAUACCCAUCUGCGUAUGGCUAUUCAUCGUUUGUUAGUAAACUGCCGCGCCUACCGCCCACUGAAAUAUCACGCUUUCCACCAAUAGGCGCCUAUGAUGUCGAACCGCCAAAGAAAACCAAACAAGCCGCACGUCCAUUUAAUAUUGGAACGAAACGUGAUCAAAUAAAGAAACUGGUGACACCAUGUCCCGCCGAUUAUGCGGUCGACAAACGUCAAGCCAGCCUAAAGAUCUGCUCUGCUUUCGGCUCUCGUCGCGUCAUUUGGCCCGCCGUUGCCGUUAUUUGCACACCCGUGAAUGUCGCAAAAUGUUCCAAGUGCAAUAAGACUCCGAUCGGCGAUUAUUUCCAUCAAUUCCAAUUGAAUUUGGAUAUGUGUCGACGUUGUAUGAAUAAGCAAUUGAAAAUGUUGAAACGCUGUUCAACCGAUCUCUUCUAUCGCGCACGCAUGCGUAGCGAAUUGAGUCAAUAUCAACCGGUGCGCUAUUGUGACUUCUUUCAUGAUCAUCAAGGCACGACGUCAGCCAUUCAACAUUUACCCACAUCGACAUUGCGUUAUAAAAUCAAAACGGAAAAUUAUAUUUACAUGUUUAAGAAGCGUUAAGGGAGGUGGAGUAAACGAAUUGGAAUUGUGUUCUUAAUCUUUUAUAAAGAAUUUGGGAAAGCACUAUGUGGCAAUAAAGGCAUUUUUUGUGCUUUAUAAAUGCAAUUAAUAA